AUGACGACUAAUCUCCUUAAGGCUCUGACAACAAAGAAUUAUCUGGUCCAAAAUGUCAACAGAGCUGCUGUUGAGAAACCCUUGUUCAACUUCUUAAAAAGUCCAGCUCCCCAGAACACUGCUCGACAUGGACAUCGGUGUGACCGAAGGUGGAUUAAAUGUCACUCUCACCUCCGGCUACUUAUGCAUGGAAAGGAAGUUGGCAGUAUCAUCGGAAAGAAAGGAGAAUCCGUUAAGAAGAUGCGUGAGGACACUGGUGCUCGUAUCAACAUCUCAGAAGGGAAUUGUCCUGAGAGAAUUAUCACUUUGGCUGGCACUAACGCCAUCUUCAAAGCCUUCGCUAUGAUCACUGACAAACUGGAAGAGGCCAUCAGCAGCUCUAUGACCAGUAGUACAGCUGCCAGUAGAGCCCCAGUUACCCUGAGGCAGGUGGUCCCUGCUAGUCAGUGUGGCUCUCUCAUCGGGAAAGGUGGUUGCAAGAUCAAAGAAAUACGAGAGAGUACAGGGGCUCAGGUCCAGGUGGCAGGGGAUAUGCUCCCCAACUCAAGUGAGCGGGCCAUCACUAUUGCUGGCAUUCCGCAAUCCAUCACUGAGUGUGUGAAACAGAUCUGCGUGGUCAUGCUGGAGUCCCCCCCAAAGGGCGUGACCAUCCCGUACCGGCCCAAGCCGAACAGUUCUUCAGUCAUCUUUGCAGGUGGUCAAGCGUAUACCAUUCAAGGACAGUGUGCCGUUCCACAGCCAGAUUUGACCAAGCUGCAUCAGUUGGCAACGCGACAGUCUCAUUUUCCCAUGACGCAUGGAAACACCAGAUUCAGUGGUUUGGAUGCAUCUGCUCAGACUACUUCUCAUGAACUCACCCUUCCAAAUGAUUUGGUUGGCUGCAUAAUCGGGCGUCAAGGCGCCAAAAUCAAUGAGAUCCGUCAGAUGUCUGGGGCGCAGAUGAAAACUGCGAACCCAGUGGAAGGAUCUAUUGAUAGGCAGGUUACCAUCACUGGAUCUGCUGCCAGUGUUAGCCUGGCUCAAUAUCUAAUCAAUGUCAGUUUAGAAAACCCUAAACCCUCCUCCCACGUAGCCUCCCUCACGAUCCCUGAUCACCUUAGCAUCAACCUCUCCCAACUCUCCACCCCUUCUUCUUCUUCUUCUUCCUCCACCACCACCCCCUCGCUCGCCGCAGCGGGGACCUCUGACGCACCCUCCAGCCUCCCCAACCCUCUUCCGACCGCCCCUGGUGUCUCCAGUCUGCUUGGCAUGAAACCCAUCCCUCUUCUCCUGGCUCUGAAUGUUGUGUCUGCUGCUAAGGGUACCAGGGCUUCAGCUACCACCACCACCACCUCUGCCGUGCCAUGUGUAACUAACAAACUGAAAGGCGAGAAACAGAGAUUCUCCCCCUACUGA